AUGCUCUCGGCAAGCAUGGAGGCAGUGCGUGCCCUAGUUGCGCGGUCCGGCGCGACGGGCGCAGGGGCGCGGUGGCUGGAAGUCUUCACGGUGUUCGCGCUCUUCACGGCGCUCGAAGCGCUCAUCAUCGUCCCGCCGUCCAGCACCGUGCUCAGCCGCGUGUGGCGAAGGCUGUUGCCGGGCGACAGAGCCAAGGACCCGCAGGCGGUUGACCGGGCGGUUCGGGGCGCGGCGCUGCGUUUCACGGGCCUCAUACACCACCUCGUCGUGCUCGUCGUGAGCAUUGCCGUCCUGAGACAGCCGGGCGGCUGGGCUCUGCCGCUGACCUGGAACUCCAAGCUUUCCGAGGACCUGCUCCUCUUCUCGUCAGGGUACUUCAUGCACGACCUGUACGUCAGCGCGCGGGAGUGGCUGGCCGGCCACGAGGUGUUCUCUUUUGUCUAUCACGGGUUCCUCUGCGGGACGCUCUUCUCGCUCGCGUACGUCCACAGCGUGUGGGAGUUCUACUGCGCCAUGUUCCUGCUCUGGGAGUCCUCCACGCCCUUCGUCCAGGGCAAGUGGUACCUCGACCAGAUGGGGAUGCGCAACCACGCGAUCUACCUCGUCAACGGGCUGUGUCUGAUCGGGGUGUUUUUCGCCUGCCGCAUCGCGUGGGGCACGCUCGCGGGCUACCACCUCCUGUCCGCGACGAGCAGGGCGCUGGCCGGGGAGCUCCCGAACGCGGCGCCCGCGUGGUUCACGCACGCCGUCCGCGUGCUCAUGCCAACGCUGUACCUCCUCAAUUGGUGGUGGUUUGUCAAAAUGAUGAAGUUCGCGAUCAAGGCGCUCGGGGGCGGGAAGAAGAAGGCCAAGGCCGGCUAG